AUGCACUUCUCCACCGCGGCGCUCCUCGCCUUUUCUUCCAUCAGCGUUACCUAUGCUGCUCCUUUCGCAAACACCCAGAAUGAAGACCUGUCUCGCCGCAAGGCAACCUACGAUGUCGUCAAUGUCGACGGAGGAUCUUCCUCUUCUGCCGUUCCUGAGAUUGACACUGUCUUUGAAACAUCAACUGUCACUGCUCCCGGUGCCAACCCUGUGCCUGUGACUGUCACUGUUACCGCCACUCCUUCGAGCUCCUCUAUUGCUCGCGUUACCAGCUCCACUCCCUGCUACGAGACUCCCGCUCCACGUACUGAUAUUCCCCUCCCAUCCAUUGCUCUCCCGGAAUCUGGAUCGAACUCUUUCUUCCGCCGUGGCCUAAGAGCCGCUGGCCAGCCUGCUCUCUUUGCCCGCGAGUACGCUAGCUCUGCUUCCAGCUCUGCCUCUGCCUCUGCUUCUCUCUAUGCCCGCGAGUACCCCCAGCCAUCCAGCACCGGUGCUCUCUAUGUCCGCGAAUACUCUACUUCGUCUGCUUCGCCCACAGCCUCAGCUUCGGCUUCGGCUUCCCUCUAUGCCCGCCAGUGGGCUACCGCCUCCCCAUCCUCUUCUGUCUCCCUUGUCCCCAGGCAGUUUGGUGGCUGGUACUCCUCGACUCCCUCCCCCACUGUGAGCGUGCCCGUCUCCGCUACUCCUCUGGUUGCCCGUCAGUUCGGCAGUGGAUACUCCAGUAGCGUGCCUGCGUUCUCUUCCGCCACUCCUUCCAGCUCGGCCGCUCUGGUUGCCCGCGGCUGGUACUCUUCUGCCUCCGGCACUCCCUCUUCCAGCGUAACCCCAACUUCGGCUGUCCCUCUUGCUGUCCGUGGUGAAUUCGGCUGGUACUCUCCCAUCGCCGGUACCUCUUCCGUCGCCACUCCUACCGCUUCGCCCUCGCUUGUGGCUCGUCGCUUCGGCAGCUGGGCCUCUUCCAGCGUCUCUACUCCCGUCUCCAGCGCUUCUGCUACCCCCGUUGCCUACUAA